CUUCAUUCCUCCUUCGGCCCCAUGUGAAGAAACACUCGCUCUCGCACGCUGAGAGACAGAGAGAGAGAGAGCGAGAGUGAGCUUUACAGAGAAGAGAGAGAGAGAGAGAGAGAGAGAGAGAGGAAGGGGUGAGCUCUGAUAUCUUCCUCGCUUGAUGUUUUGAGCAAUUAAUCGUCACAGCGAGCCAAAAAGCCCUAGUUCUUUGUGUUCUGAGAUUUAGGGUUUAUUACACAGUGAGGGUUUGAAGAUAAGAUCGUGAUUCUCCGGACCAAAGAUGGUUGAUUUUUGUGUGAAUUGACGCUGAUUCAUACAUAUAUAUGUGUACCGUAUUUGAAAAUAUUGUGGUGGUUAACUCAGUGUUAGUAGUAGUAGUAGUAGAUUAGUGGGUUCUGAGAUGGACGGUAGAAAAAUUACUGCGAGUCCUCGGCCGUGCAGUGGUCGCCGAGUUGUGGCGAAGAAAAGGCCUCGCAGCGGCGUUGAUGGGUUCAACAGCGUUAGGAAGCUUCAGAGAAGGGAGAUUUGUUCGAAGCGCCACCGUGGUUUCAGUAUGAGCGACGCCCAAGAAAGGUUCAGGAACAUUCGCUUGCAGGAGGAAUAUGAUACCCAUGAUCCAAAAGGAGAUUGCGGCAUGGUAUUGUCCUUUCUCAAAAAGAGGUCAAAAAUCAUUGAAAUAGUAGCUGCCCAUGACAUUGUCUUUGCUCUUGCGCAAUCUGGUGUUUGUGCUGCAUUUAGCCGAGAGGCUAACCAGAGGAUAUGCUUUUUGAAUGUCAGUCCUGAUGAAGUCAUACGAAGCUUGUUUUACAAUAAAAACAAUGAUUCUCUUAUCACAGUCUCAGUUUAUGCUUCUGACAAUUUUAGUUCUUUGAAAUGCAGGACCACCAGGAUUGAGUACAUAAGGAGGGGUAAGCCAGAUGCAGGUUUUGCUCUUUUUGAGUCUGAGUCACUGAAAUGGCCUGGUUUUGUGGAGUUUGAUGAUGUAAAUGGGAAGGUACUCACCUAUUCGGCACAAGAUAGCAUAUACAAGGUGUUUGACUUGAAAAACUACACGAUGUUGUACUCCAUAUCAGACAAAAAUGUUCAAGAGAUUAAGAUCAGUCCAGGCAUCAUGUUGUUGAUUUUUACCAAAGCUAGUGGCCAUGUUCCUCUUAAGAUUCUUUCAAUAGAGGAUGGUACAGUUCUCAAAACUUUCAAACAUCUCCUUCAUCGGAAUAAGAAGGUGGAUUUCAUUGAACAGUUCAACGAGAAGCUUCUUGUCAAGCAAGAAAAUGAGAAUCUUCAGAUUCUUGAUGUUCGCAAUUCUGAACUGACAGAAGUUAGCAGAACUGAAUUUAUGACUCCAUCUGCAUUUAUAUUUCUAUAUGAGAACCAGUUGUUCCUGACAUUCAGAAACAGGACGGUGUCUGUUUGGAACUUCCGUGGGGAGCUCGUAACUUCAUUUGAGGAUCACCUCUUGUGGCAUCCUGACUGCAACACAAACAACAUAUAUAUCACAAGUGAUCAGGAUCUUAUAAUUUCCUACUGCAAAGCUGAUUCAGAUGAUCCAUUAUCAGAAGGAAAUGCAGGUUCUAUCAAUAUCAGCAAUAUCUUGACCGGGAAAUGCCUUGCUAAAAUAAGAGCAACCAAUAGUUUUCCCAUAGGUGAAUGCAGUUGUAGUGGAUGUUGUAAUGGCAGAAAUUGCAGUUCAAAUAAGCGGAUCCGAGCUUGCAGGAUUAGAAGCACUGUUGCAGAAGCCCUCGAGGACAUCACUGCUCUCUUCUAUGAUGAAGAACGUAAUGAGAUCUAUACUGGCAAUAGACAUGGCCUGGUCCAUGUAUGGUCUAACUGAAGGUUGUAUCUUCCCUCACAUCCCUUCAGACUCCAAGCUCGUUCUUCCUGAUGAUUGAAAUCAUUCUGCUUCCGGCUGCAAGAACUACGGGGAACUGUGCUAUUAAAUCGUGCUGUUUUUUUUUUCUUUAAAUUCAUAGCAUGUGUUUCUUUCUUUUAUUCAUUCUCUCUAAGUGAAUUUCUUCUGUUUUUUUUUUUUUUUUAUUCUCUCUGGUGUAAUUGAGGUUUGGCCCUUGGAAGUUGAGAUGUUAAAUGUUCGUACCUGUUGUAGAUGAGCUGCAGGUAGAUAGUUGAAGUGAUGUAAUAGCUGUUUGUGGGAAAUUUAACAUUUAAGGUUGCAAGUGUUCGCCAGGUGGUUUAAUUGCAAAUGCAUCAGCGUGCCUCCUUGCUGUCGCUUUUGGAAAUAUAUCUUGUUCCAUGCUUGCUGUUA